AUGGACUAUACUACCCAUUUUCCUCAGCUGCCUGAAACCAAGCCCACCACCGCACCAGGUGGCGCCUGGGGCCGGAAGACGUUGACCAUGGCGGUGGUCACUGAAACCAUCAAGCUCCCAGCCUCGGACCGUGCUUCCAUGAACUUCGGAGGCAAAGGCUUUGGGUUGGCCGAACAAACCAAAUGUAGUCAAGUAGCCGCGGAAACCAAAACCAAGAUUGAGUUGUCAGAAGCUUCAGACAAGUCCUUGACUAUUCUGGUCACUGGAAAGAGAUCUGAUGUCGAUGCUGCUCAUGCUCGUCUUGUCCGCGAACUUCAGACACAAUCUCAGGUUGAGGUUAAUGUUGAUCGUGAAUUCUACGGAGCGAUCAUCGGUAAGAUUUUUAAUUUUUAUUUUGUGGUUUAGGAGCACAGUUAUUGCUCUUCAUGAAAAUCUUUCUUUUUAUGAAUUUAAACUGAUUCAAUGAUAUUUUAGGCAAGGAAGGUCAACGCCGCAAGGUGAUGGAAUCCGAGUACAACUGCCGCAUCUUUCUGCCGGGCAAAGACGAGCAGAGCAAUGUCAUCAGAAUUGUUGGCCCAAUUGACCAAGUCAAAGCUUGUGCUUUGAAGUUGAAGAACAUUGUUACAGAAUUGGUAUGUUGCCCCUAAUAGUUUCACGUAUUUUAUGUUUAGGCCAAACAAGCUACUGAAACAUUGGAAAUUUCUCGUGAAUUUUACCCAUGGAUUCGUGGGCCAGCUAACAAGACCAUUGAUACUAUCCAGGCCGAAACUGGAGCUAAGAUCAACAUUCCACCACCAAAAUCCAGGAACGACGCUAUCGUUAUCGCUGGAGAACGUGAAGGUGUUCACGCAGCUGUUGCCCGUGUAAAGGAGAUCUACGAGACAUGCAAGGUAAUUUUAGGUAUUAAUUUGAAAAAAUAUAUCUAAAAUUUUAUUUUACGCAAGCUAACUCUGUACUAUUUUAGAAGAACAACAAGAGCGUUACUUGCCCAGUUACUCGUUCUCAGCAUCGUUUGAUUGUUGGAAGCCAUAGGUCUGGUAUCGACGAGAUUCUCGAAAAGACCGGUGUUUUGGUUGAAGUUCCAGCCGAAGAAGAGAAUUCUGACACGAUCACUUUGAGAGGUCCUCAGAAGGCCAUCGGAGAUGCUUUGGCUUUGGUCUACGCUCGAGCUUCCUCUAUCAUUUCCCAGGAAUUGGAUUACCCAGAAUGGCAAAGGCGAUUCUUGAUUGGACCUAAAGGUCAAACACUUAACCAAUUGGUUCCGAACCAAGAACGAUUGAACAUCGAUUUCGAUAAGGGAGGAAAGAUCUACUUAGAAGGACCUCCAGAGGCCGUCAAGAGCGCCUACAAGGCCUUAAGCGACGAAGUGAACAGGCUCACGAAGGAAUUGGCUUCCGAAACCGUCAAGGUUCCUACAUAUCUUCACAGACAUAUCAUUGGCAGGAGUGGAGCCUUGAGUAAGUUGCUAUUUUUAUCGAUAAAUUGUGAUUUUAGUUAACAAAAUCAAGGAGGAUAACGAAGUACAAAUAACAAUCCCCGACGAACGCAAUGGAUCUGACGAGAUCCGCGUUGAAGGAAAGAAGGAGGGAGUUAAGAACGCGGUCAAGAUCCUCAAGGAACGAGCAGUUGAAUUGGUGUGUUUAAGUUAAUUUAUAAUUUAAUUUUGUUACUUAAUUUUUUUGUUUUUCAUCAAUGGAUCUUAAUUAUUUCCAUUCAUCAAUGGAUCUUAAAGUUUUUCACAAUGGAUCUUAAUUAUUGAUCAUUUGUAGGAAAAGAAGAUGCCAGCCGACAAGCAACCACCACAACUACCACUGGAAGAUACCGCCAAGACCAGUUUGGAUGUGGACCAAAAAUGGCACAAGCACUUUGUCCAACGUGGCGCUGAAGUCAUCAGAGAGAUUCAAGAACAAUUCAGUGGUGUUGUCAUUUCUUUCCCCAAACAAGAAACCGGUGAAACCAAGGUGAACAUCAAGGGCCCCAAGGGUGUGGUGGACAAGGCCAAGAAGAGAAUCGAAGAGAUCGUCGCCGAUCUGGAAGCUCAGAUCACCGUUAGUUUGGACAUUUCUGAAGAACACCAUCGUUCUUUGGUACCGCACGCCAGUGGACUUCGUCAGAAACACAACGUUCGUCUUAACUUCCCACCAAAGGGGACGUCGAACGAAGGAGCCGAGCCAGUAAACGGUAUUCUUCCAGCAAACUUGGUCACCAUCUCUGGCCUUCCAUCGAAUGUCGAAGCCGCUAAGGCUGAACUGACUGAAUUGAUCCCAGUUACCGAAUCUGUAAGUUUACACAUCCUCAGACAUUUACUGUUUUUAGUUGACUGUCCCAAUCGACUACCACAGCUCAUUGAUUGGAAAGAAGGGCGAAUCUAUCAAGGCUUUCAUGAACACCCACAACGUCCGUGUCAACGUGCCUAACGCUGAGAAGAAUUCUGACCAAGUUACUGUCACCGGACCUCCAAAGAAUGUCGAAAGCGCUGUAGCUGAUCUGAAGAGCAAGGUGGAAGAAUUGGACAAACAAGCCGAAGACCGCCGUGCCCGUUCCUACAAGACCACCGUCGAUAUUCCAGCAGAAUACCAUCAACGACUUAUUGGGCAAGGAGGGCAAGCCAUCAGAGAAUUCUCCAAGAAAUACGAUGUUCACGUAGCUUUCCCAAGAGACAACACCGAAACCAUCACUAUCUCCGGAUACGAGGCCAAGGCAAACGAAGCCAAGGACGAGAUCUUGAGACUUAUUGAAGUAUACAAGAACAUGAUCACUCACACCGUACAACUCGACCCCCGAUUCCACCCUCGUCUCAUUGGUCCAAAAGGAAAGAACUUGAAGAAGGUAAGACCACUAAUCAUCAAUGUAAGAUAUCUUCUCAUAAAAAUGUUGAUUUCAUCUUACGAUUUGACUGUUUUAGGUACAAGAAGACUAUGACGUAGAAAUCAACUUUGCUUCAAGGUCCGACCCCGACCCAUCUCUGGUUACAGUGUCAGGCAAGAGCGAAGACAAUGUGCUGGACUGUAUGGACAAGCUCCGUAUGCUGGAAGAAGACUUUAUGCAAGAUGUUGUUGAACGAUUCCAAUACACAUACCAACGCAAGGAAGAGCCCAAGUACCAACCAAAGCCUCAAGUCAUCGAAAUAACAGGAGCUCCAUGGCAGUUGGAUAACUUGGACCAGUUCCCUUCGAUGAGCCAACAACAACAAGCUGCUGUCGCUUCUAGCCAGCCAACUGGUGUUUGGGGACGUCGUCGCUAA